AAAAAAAGUUACUGCGUGUGUUGGCAUUAUCCAAUACUGUCACACGAAAAAAGACAAAUAUAUUCUAAAAAAGAAUAGCAAAAAAUAAAACUCUAAUUAGAGAAGUAGUGUUUGACCUGUUCAUUUCGUGAUUUAAAUAUAUUGUUAGCAAUGGUUUACGAGUGUAAAUAGUUUAAAACUUUUUAUUUCACAACAUUCUAAAAAUACAGUGCUAAAUAAACAUUGAAUUAAUAAAACGAAAUAAAAACCAAGUAGGCACAUGCAUUUAAAAAAGAAAAAAGCCAAUAUGUAUAAUAGACUGUUCUGUCUUUCAUUUGUCCUGUUUUCUUCUGGCUGUGACGAGUUUUCAUUUGGAGCAAACGGUUUUGCACGUUUGUAGCGUAGUCAUCGUUUGUCUGCCAUCUAGUGGACAUAGGAGAGAAUUGAUUCAUUUUCAUUUCAAAACUGGUUUUCAUAUAAUCUCCACAAACGGGGAUCCGUUGCAGAAGUUUGAAGAUAUUUGAAAGCGUUGCCAAAUAAGUUAAAUAGAGGUAAAGUUGCACACUAAAUCAUCUUCAUUCUUGUGUAUAUUCGUACAUUACUAAAGAUAUCACCCGCGAACAUUUAGUUUAAUUCCUAACCCUAAUCAAGUCUAGAAGGUUAAACCGUGUUAUGUUUUAAUAAUUACAAUCCGAUUUAAAGUAGUAAGCGUCUCUAAAUUAAAUGUCCCAAUUUUUUUUUCAUUUAUUUGUAUUUGAAGAAGGAAUUCAAUAGUAAUAUUUAAUACAACCACGUUUGUUUCAAAAUAUAAGCUUUUUAAAUAGUAGUAAUAUUUAAUAAUCAGUUCCUUUAUUAUCCGUAUAUUUAAAACAUAUUGUGUGGGGGAGAACGUAAUUUAAACAAUAUCUUUAAGCAAUUUUAACCCCAAUGACAAAUGAUCAGAAAUUGUCUUACUCUGUAUUAAUCCUAAACUUUAUUAUCCCCAUUGCAGUUUUCUAAACUGACAGAAAUCCAUUCUAAUGUGAUGCUUUUUUAUUUCCAAAGAUCCUUUCCUCUAGUGUUAAUUUAAAAACCCUUUUGAGAAGUAUAUGAAGUAAAUGAAUAGAUGGAUGAUGGCCUUUAAUCUAAUGGUUUCCUAUUUCUUCACAAUGGAACAAACAAAAUGCUUCAGUGGAUCUCUGUGAAGGGAAGGAAAUGCCAUGGGGUAAAUUCAGCCAUGCGUCCCCUUAAUUAUUAAAAAACACACCUGCCAUUCAGAGCAAAACAGGUCUUUGCUGGUUUCUCAGGCUUCAUCUCCAGUGUCCCUGUGUCCGGUCAUCUAUGACCCUGUUGUCCAGAUCAGAGACCCACACUCAUAUAAAGCCACAAAUGACACACAAACCCUUCAGAAGGACAUCAGCACUCAAUAUGAAGCUGAUCAACAGCUGCCUGACUGUUCUCGUCUUUAUAAAAGCUGUACAAUCAGCAGCUAUGAGAGAAGGGAGUGAAGAUUUGCUAUAUUUCCUGAAGGAUGCAUUUGAAAUGAAUUUACCUCUUGACCGCACUGAACCAACACCGCUCUCAGAAAUGGAUCUAGCAACAGAGAAGAUUCUGGAUCUUGUACAUCUGGCAGAUCCAACAGCAGAAUGUGAAGCCCCAGAAAUUGUUGUCAACUCUGCUGACUUUUCCAAAACAACACCCAAACCAAAUUUGGUAGAACUUACAGAUGUUGCUGAAGAGAAAUCCAUAGAAAGCAGCAACUCAGACAGCAGAUUAGCUGAAAGAGCAUCAGCAGAAGACAGCAGAGAAGGUGACGUCUUCAAGAGUUUACGGCAGGGAACAGCACUUGCAGUGAUGGAGGACAUUAGUAGUCAGGAAAUGAACAGACCUGAGGAGAACGGGAGAUACCGACCCCCAACGACCCAGAAGUUAGAUAAACACAACUUUGUGGUAAAAGAAACAGACAGACAAAAUCUGGACCUCAUGAAAGAGCUGGAUCCCAUAAUGCAGAGUUUCGGCAGUAGAAUGAACCUCAAAGACCAGGCUGGUAAACCACAUGAGACUGACAAAAGAGCAAUGGAUUUAGACAGCCCAGAGUUUGUGGACACCUCGGAAAGACCAGACCGAGAUGCUGACAGUGAAGAACGUGAUGGUGGUCGAGGAACAUUUCAGACACAAACCUCAGGAAUCAAAUUGAAACUAAGCUAUGCUGAUAAGCAGGGCAUACUGGACGACAGUAGGGAAUCAGUAGAUUAGCUUCUGGGAUGCACAGAAACAUCUGCUGAACAUCCCAUGGAAGAGAACAACAGUCUGGAUGCCCCUAAUCUGGACCAGAAGAGUCAAACGGACACAAUGAGCUAUCAGAACCAGCUGAGGAAAAUAUGUCCCACAAAGAGAGAACGAGGAUCCAACAACCCAAGAGCACGGCUGGAUUUAGAGCAGUGAAACUUUGGACAGAGACAACAGCAGAGAGAGGCUGCAAUAUCAUGUGGCAGCUCCUCUGUGGGACAAUUUAUUUUUUUCUUCCCUUGAAUAUAUACAUUAUAUAGUAUGAUACAAUGUGAUUUUAAUGUCUGUUUGAUCCAAUAUUUUUUUUCUUUUCGUGGAUUGUUAUGGACCUGCAUAAAUCAUUUUUACUCAUUCUAUGAGCUCUAUGAUUUUGUGGGAUGCCAGUAUAAUUGAAAUUAUAUAGAAAUGAUUAAAAACAUUUUGCUGAAUAAGAAUAGAACCAAAUAAACUACUACUACUA